UCCGCGUUCACGCCCAGACGGCAAGGGUGCAGUUUUGUCCCAAUAAGCACGCGGAGGUUGUGGUUUCGGGUUGACCAUAAUAUCCGCGCUGCUGCAAACUGAUUUUAAACCUUAUCCCCGCAGAGAUAAACCGAUUUGUUAAGUUCUACUACAAAGGUUGCCGACAACGGAACAACCACCAAGUCAACUCGAUAAGUGCCCGGAUUUUGAGGAAAAAUUCCGCUUAUAUUCUCGGUGAUGUGAUCUGGGUACUUGUGGUGAUCAUUUUACCUUUUUUAGUGAUAACGCCGGAGGGAGAUGUCAACCAGACGCGAUAUGCUGCGAUAAAGUUCGACCAUAGCAAAAUAUGCCUCGGCCUUCGAGAGAAACCUACGGGGAUCAAAAGCCACCGUACUCUUACAUUUCCCUCACAGCAAUGGCGAUAUGGAGCUCGCCGGAGAAGAUGUUGCCGUUGUCAGAGAUUUAUCGGUUCAUAACAGAUAGAUUUCCUUACUACCGUCGGAACACCCAGAGGUGGCAAAACUCGUUGAGACACAAUCUUUCGUUUAACGAUUGCUUCAUAAAGAUUCCAAGGAGACCUGAUCGGCCUGGAAAAGGUGCCUUUUGGGCAUUACAUCCUUCCGCUUUGGACAUGUUUGAAAACGGUAGCUUUCUGAGGAGACGAAAACGAUUUAAGCUUCCAAAACAUGUCCACGAGGAAUUAGAUAGUUUGAGCAAGCUCCAAAAUAGUUCCUUUGCCGCUCCGAGUUCGUCCACACACGUUCCAAGGAUUCCCGAAGUGUCCGCAACAACGUUACCGUUGGUAUCCGUCGCUCAAACUACUUCAACGGCCAUCAAAUCCUUCAGCAUCGAUAGUUUAAUUUCCGAUACGAAACCAGCUCCGGCUCAUCCGACGCCCAUGAUACCUACAACCGGAUGCGCACUGCAAUCUUUACCAAGGUUUUCCUGGCCAGGUAUUUUACCACCUGCAGCUCCCAGAUUAGAGGAUCUUAAUCGGGACGAGUUCUUAGCAGCUCAACAAGCGGCGCUUUUCGAAUAUGCCGCAGCUUUAAUGUCUAUGAAUAGUGCAAGUGUCGCGAAUUUAAAUCCAGGUGUUGUUAAACCACACCCCAUCGUGCCCGGAGUGUUCCCGAAUGCGUAUCAUCCAGUGCCAAUUCCCGUGCAAUAUCCCCUAUCGGCCCCAAACCCGUUACACGUGCUCCCCACCGGUUUAGACUUUGAAAACGAAGGCGAGUGCGACAGACAGCUCGUGAAAAGUUUACCCCCGAUUAGUUUCCUAGCCCCGAAACGCGAGGAUCCCGUGGACACCUCAUCUUGUUCUUCAGGGGAUGCCCUCAACGUGUGAAUGGUUAGUAACUGUUAUCGUGUAUCUAUUGUGUAUGUCAUGUACUUACAGUACUCGUUAAUAAAGUUUAUUCCAAACAGUCA